UGUCCAGGUUCAUACUGUAACUCACUCACUCACACACACACAUACAGCGUGUGGAGUCGUACCUCCGCGGCUCUACUCCACACCCGGAGAAGCUGCUGUCUGAGCGGAUACAGCUGCUGCUGCUGCUGCUGCUGAACAAGCACCAUGGAGAGUGUCGGUAAAGAACCCAAGACGAACCCAGCGGCGACGGCCAAUUGUCUGUCAAAGCUAUUAUUCUGGUGGCUCAACCCUAUGUUCUACAUUGGAAACCAACGCAGGCUGGAGGAAGAAGAUCUGUAUGAAGUCCUUCUGGAUGACAAGUCAGAAAUAGUGGGUCAAAGCUUGCAGAGACACUGGGAAAAUGAGCUACUGAAGGCAGCCAAAGAAAUGCGGACACCCAAAUUCAAAAGUGCCAUCAUCAGAUGCUUCUUGAAAGAAUAUCUACCACUUGGAUUGGUGUCUUUUUUGCUGGAGGGCCUUAAAUUUUCCCAGCCACUUUUACUGGAGGUGAUACUUGUGUACUUGGAAAAUGUGGACCCAGAAGAUGAGGUGGCUUACCACAAGGCACUCGGAUACACAGCUGGUUUUUGUUUCUCCUCCCUGGUAAUCUCACUGGUCCAUCACUUCCAGUUCUUCCUGCUCCAGAGAACAGGCUGGAGGAUAAGAGUGGCUGUGGGUCACAUGAUCUAUAAGAAGACUCUGUGUCUCAGCAAUUCAGCCAUCAUAAAGACCACCACGGGCCAGAUUGUCAACCUCCUUUCCAAUGACGUCAACAUGUUUGAUGAGUUGACUAUCUUUCUGCACUACAUAUAUAUCGGACCAGUCCAGGUAGCUAUAGUGAUAAUACUGCUGUGGUUCAGGAUGGGCCUAACAUCCUUAGCAGGCUUGGGGGUCAUUGUGAUGCUGCUGCCCAUUCAAGUAUGUUGUGGAGCAUUCUAUUCUAAAUACAGGCAAUUGUCAGCAAAUUUGACAGACAACAGAAUCCGCAUUAUGAACGAAGUGGUGUCUGGAAUGAGGAUCAUCAAGAUGUACGCUUGGGAGAAACCAUUCACUGCUUUGGUCACUGAUGUCAGAAGGGAGGAGAUCGCUGGGAUUAUAAAGAGCUCCUAUGUACGAGGAGUCCUUUUGACCAUGUUUUUUUGUGCCAGCAAGAUCUUCAUUUUUGUCCUCUUCGCCAUCCACGUCGCUUUGGGAAAUACCAUCAAAGCCUCUACUGUAUUUUUGGCAAUGAGUCUUUACAACGCUGUGCGACUCACCGCCACAUUCUUCUUCCCUCGUGCCAUCGAGACCAUGUAUGGAACCAAUGUCAGUUUAAACAGGUUUCAGGAGUUCUUAUUGCUGGAUGAGAUCACACCACCCUGUGAUGCACUGCCAGAGAUUGAGAAGACGAAAGCUUCUGUGGAAUUCCAGGAUAUAAUCUGCUACUGGGACAAGAAUUUAAGUACUCCAUCCCUGCAGAACGUCUCCUUUACUCUUGACUCAAAUAAGCUGUUAGCUGUAAUUGGACAAGUAGGAGCUGGAAAGUCAUCCCUGCUGAGUGCCAUCCUCAGGGAGCUGCCUGUUGAAAAUGGCCUGAUAAAGGUCAGUGGUAAUCUGACCUACACUGCCCAGCAGCCCUGGGUUUUCCCCGGAACCAUCCGUGGUAACAUCCUGUUUGGAAAAGAGCUAAAUCCCCAGAAGUAUGAGCUCGUCCUUAAAGCCUGCGCUCUGAAGAGGGAUUUGGAGCUGUUCCCAGAUGGAGACCUGACACUGAUCGGAGACAGAGGCGUCAAUCUCAGCGGGGGACAGAAAGCUCGCGUCAACUUGGCAAGAGCUGUGUAUCAGGAUGCAGAUCUGUACCUUCUGGAUGAUCCUCUAAGCGCUGUAGAUGCUGAGGUUGGGAGACACCUCUUUGAACAGUGUAUCUGUGGCCUUCUGAAGAACAAGACCCGUAUCCUGGUCACCCACCAGCUGCAGUACCUGAAAGCAGCCAAUGAGAUUGUGGUCCUCAAGGAGGGUUACAUGGUUGCAAAGGGGACAUACACGGAGCUACAGCGGUCAGGAGUGGACUUCACCUCUUUGCUGAAGAAGGAUGAGGAGGAGAAUCCACAGAAGUCUUCUGACAUCAUCCGCAAAAGAACACAGUCCCAGAACCUUUCACGCUCUCGGUCCUCCACCACAAACUCCAUCGUAGAUGAUGACUACUUACCGGCUGAUAAUGUGCCUACGGUGGCAGAGGAAAGUCGAUCAUUUGGAUCCGUUCCAGUGAGUCUGUACGUUAAAUAUCUAACAGCUGGAUCCAACAUCAUGUGGGUGAUCGUCUCACUUGUGGUGGGCUUAUUCGCUCAGAUAUUAGCCCUUAUGCAGGACUGGUGGUUGGCUCACUGGGCUGAUGAGCAGAAGAGGAUAGAUGACAUCAUCAUCCAAAAUGGACAAAAUAUGACUACACAAGGCACCACUGCACAGCUAGACACAGAUUUGUACCUUGCUGUUUUCGGAGGUAUUACUUUGGCAACCAUCGUUUUUGCCUUUAUUAGGAACUUCCACUUUCUAUACCUGUUGGUGAUGUCUAUACAGGCUCUGCACAACCAAAUGUUCAAUGCUAUAAUCAGAGCACCUGUGCGCUUCUUCGACAUAAACCCUGUUGGAAGAAUUCUGAACAGGUUUUCAAAGGAUGUAGGCCAGCUGGAUUUGACCAUGCCAAUUAACUUUGUGGACUUUGUUCAGACUUCCAUGCAAGUUCUGGGGACAGUUAUUAUGACUGCCGUCCUGAUCCCCUGGGUACUCAUAAUUCUACUGCCUCUGAUGGUUAUCUUCUUCUUCUUGCAACGCUACUACCUGCAGACGUCCAGAGACAUCAAACGCCUCGAGGGCACAACUCGUAGUCCAAUCUUCUCCCAUCUGUCUUCAUCCCUCGCUGGUCUGUGGACAAUCCGAGCUUUCAAAGCUGAGGAAAGACUCCAGAAUAUUUUUGAUGCCCAGCAGAACGUGCACUCAGAAGCCUGGUUCCUGUUCCUGUCCACUUCUCGCUGGUUGGCUCUCCGCCUCGAUAUCAUUUGUUGGGCUUUUAUCGUGGUGGUCUCAUUUAGCUGCAUGUUACUCAAAGAACAACUGGGUGCUGGGGCCGUCGGUUUGGCCCUGAGCUACUCUGUCCAAUUGAUCAUCCUUUUCCAGUGGGGUGCCAGGCAGAGUGUAGAGGUGGAAAACAUGAUGACUUCAGUGGAAAGAGUAGUGGAUUACACUAACCUGGAGAGUGAAGGACCCUGGGAAAAUGACAAACGCCCUCCUCCCGAUUGGCCGAAAAAAGGUCUGAUAACCUUUGACCGAGUCAACUUCGCUUAUAGCAGUGAUGGGCCACUGGUGCUGAAGGAUAUCAACUUGACGUUCAAACCCAAAGAAAAGAUUGGUGUUGUGGGAAGAACGGGUGCUGGGAAAAGCUCCCUGGUCUCGGCUGUGUUCCGCCUCUCAGAGGCUGAGGGCAACAUCUACAUCGAUGGUGUUCUGACCUCAGAGAUCGGCCUCCAUGACCUGCGCAGUAAGAUAUCUAUCAUUCCUCAGGACCCAAUGCUGUUUACUGGCACAGUGAGGAAGAACCUGGACCCUUUUAACCAACAUACAGAUGAGCAAAUGUGGCAAGCUCUGGAAGAGGUGCAGCUGAAGUCCAUGGUGGAGGAUCUGCCUGCUAAGCUGGCGACAGUUCUGGCCGAGUCAGGCUCCAACUUCAGUGUGGGUCAGAGACAGCUCGUCUGUCUGGCCAGAGCCAUCCUGAGGAAGAACCGCGUCCUCAUCAUUGACGAGGCCACAGCCAACGUCGACCUCAGGACAGAUGAGCUGAUCCAGAAGACCAUACGAGAAAAGUUCAGAGAAUGUACAGUGAUCACCAUCGCUCAUCGUCUCAACACGAUCAUAGACAGCGAUCGCAUAUUGGUUCUAGACGCAGGAAAUAUCAAAGCCUUUGAUGAACCUUAUGUCCUCCUCCAAAAUCCAAAUGGCAUCUUUUAUAACAUGGUGCAGCAGACGGGCAAACAGGAGGCAGCUUCUCUGCAUAGCACGGCUAAACAGGUGUAUGACAGCAGAAUUCGUACCAGCCUACCAAAUGGACACAAAGACAGCCUGGUCAUCUCUGAGACGCCGAUGUGAGCUCAGAGGGAGCUGCUGAGGAGACUGAGCAGAAUGUCAACAAUUACAAAAUGGCUGCAUGAUCCUUUCAUUUUGCUGAUGUUUGUACGUCCAACCAACAACUUUCCCAACCUCUGUUUGCAGCCAAUUUAUUUGUCACUUGAUCUAUUUUUUAUGUUCCACUUCCAGCUUCUUUCCACGCAGACUCACGGAGCCAAAUAUGUGAUCGUUGCUUAAAUUAUCCAAACAUUAUCCAAAGAUUUUCUGUUGACGCUGUGUUCACACCUGCUGUGAACAUCCGACGACACUGAUCCUCUGUUCAGAUUAGACCUGCUGCUAAUACUAGUGACGUCACUACUCCGCUUGCAAACACUUUUCACCGUCUAAUCGUGCACUUGUGUGCAGAAAGAAUCACACAGACAGGAGUAGGAAAUGGCUGGUAAAUUUUGAAAUAAAAUUAAAUAAUGAUACAAAAUCUCGUAAUAUUACAACUUUAUUCUCGUAAGAAAAAAAGUGAUUUUACUUUUUUUGGCCCUAAUACUGCAUCGAAAACUUCAUCAUAACAUAUGAACUCACAACCUCAGACGUACAAUACCCAUUACUUUUGGGGUUUUUAAAUCUUAUUUUGAAUCUCUAAGUUUUAAAAUUGCGUAAAAUUAACAACAUUGUAAGAUUGCAACUUAUGACCUCAGAGAUACAAGUCCAGGUCCUGAGCUACCUCCUCAGACAUGUUUGCAUUGAAUAUUCAACUUAGAAUAUCCACUAUAUCACUGACCUACAUUCUAAGAUCAACUUCUAACAGUGAGUUCCUUUGGUGUUUUAUCAUAAUCUGAAGUUUCAAAAACAAUCACGCUUCCUGCUACUGGUGUUCAUGUUUUCUUGGAGCUUUUGAUGGUUUAUAUUGAAUCUUGGGCUCACAACCUCAGAC